AUGUCUACAAAAACGGUCCCGACGCGCGGUGCGCAAGGGAAACCAGUCGUUGGAGGUGGUCUUCCAAGUCAAACACUAUACUGUACCAAUCUGCCGGAUAAACUCCGCAAGUAUGAUUUACGGCUCUCGCUCUACACACUUUUUUCCACCUACGGCGUGGUUUUGGACGUCGUGGCCAUGAAGACCGAAAAAAUGCGCGGUCAAGCCCACAUUGUUUUCAAAGAUGUCCAAUCCAGUACGCAGGCUAUGCGCGCGCUUCAAGGGUUUGAAUUUUUUGGUAAACAAAUGAAAAUUGUCUAUGCCAAGGGCUCGUCAAAUGUCAUCGCCAAGCUCCGUGGGACCUACAGUGCACCUUCCGGGGCUCCUACAGGGAUCGUUACAACAGACCUCCAGAAGUCGAUUUUCAGCGGCCCCCCCGGGUCCACGGCAUUGCCCCCCAAGCCUGCCGGCGAUGUUAAUGGCGAUGCUCAGGCAGCGCAUGGUGUCAAACGGCCGCGCGAAGAUGAAAGCGAUGAAGAAGAAGCGCCCAUGGAUGAAGAGAGCGAUGUGCCCAUGGAGGCUUCAUCCGAUGAAGAUUAG